AUGAACGAAACACAGGAGCAUGGUCCGAAUGUGGAGGUGGUCAGAGGCCAAGAAUUUGAGGUCGGUCCUCGGUACGUUAGCCUCUCGUACAUCGGCGAGGGUGCAUACGGAAUGGUCGUAUCGGCAUAUGAUAAGACGACUAAAACUCGCGUAGCGAUCAAAAAGAUAUCGCCUUUUGAGCACCAAACGUUUUGCCAGCGUACACUACGAGAAAUCAAAAUUCUCAGCUGCUUUCGGCACGAAAAUGUAUGUUUAUGUGGAGCAUGCAUUAUUUUAUGUGUGUAA